AUGGCCGAUACGCCUUUUGCCCCUUCCGGUGGAGCUCGAGGGGGAGCUGGUCCUCCGCCGCCGCCGCUGCCACCUCUAUCCACCUCAUACUCCUCCGGCCCUAGCAUUUCAUCGAUCCCUCGUCGCUCUUCUUACGCCUCGGUCCUUUCCGGGACCGCCCUCUCGCCGCCUAAUAAUCCCCGUCCGUUUUCCCAACUGCUCAACUCCUCCACCUCCACCGCUUCCUAUCCCCCGCCUUUUCACCCCGAAGGUCGCCUGGCGAGGUCCGCCGCCGUGGAUGCCGACAUGCAGAUGAACUCCCCUUGGAGGUCGUCGCCCGGCGAUGCGCUUCCUCCCUACUCUCGCAAAUACGCUAGCUUCCCCCGCUCCGAUCCUUUUUUUCAGAAUCCCGGGACCUUCUCCGACGCCGCGUCCGGUUCGUCCUUCACCCCAUCCUAUCUCCGCAACUCGCGAUACAUCUCCCGUCUGGAUGCCGCCCAACGAGCCAAAGCGGCCUCCCAUCGCGAUGUCUUUUCUUCCUCCCACGCCUCCAACCCUCUCUCGACCUCCAGCAGCCAAGCGAGCCUGCCUCGCAUGGCCCCCUCUCAUCGCGGCAUGACGUAUGAUAUCAUCGAAAGGGAGACCCCCGGCGACGAUGACCACCUCCUGCCGCUUCCUUCCCGCUGGAACGACUCGGAUAAGUACUCGGGACUCGAGCUCACGAACGGAGGACUGGAAGUCCGGUACACCGGGGCCGUCAACAAACACGAUCAUGAAGCUGCCGCCGUCCGAGCGGACAACCCCAUGCCACCGCAGUGUGGCAUCUACUAUUUUGAGAUUACAAUCUUGUCGAAACCAAAGGAAGGGAUGAUCGGAAUCGGGUUUUCGAGCAACAAGGCCGCUGUCGACCGACUCCCCGGGUGGGAGCAGGAAUCGUGGGCGUACCAUGGCGAUGAUGGGAAGUCCUUUUUUGGCGAAAGUCAAGGUCAAGGGCGACAAUAUGGACCGACCUUUGGCGCCAACGACACGGUGGGAUGUGGCGUGAACUUUUCGACGGGCUGUGCCUUUUUCACCAAGAACGGGGUCUUCCUGGGGAAUGCCUUCCGAGAACUGCGAGAUCUCAAAGUCUAUCCGUCGGUUGGGAUGAAGAAGCAGCCGCCCGUACAUUUGGCUGCCAACUUCGGCCAACAGCCGUUCAUGUUUGACAUCGAUGGCAUGGUCAAGAAAGAGAAAUUAUCCAUCUAUUCCGAGAUCCGUGCUACCAGCACCGCGAGCCUGCAACCACCGCUGGACGAGUCGGCCUUGCUGCAAGAGCUGGUUGCACAGUUCUUGGCCCACGAUGGUUACGUCGGAACCGCCCGGGCGUUUGCUGAAGAGGUGGCGGCCGAAUCCGCCGCUCUGGAAAGUAGUCAUAAGGAACCGCUGAAGAAGUACGAAGUUGAGGAGGAUGUCGAGGCGAUCAACCGACAGAAAAUCCGCGCCUCUAUCCUCGACGGAGAUAUCGAUAAGGCUCUUAAAUAUACUAACGCUUACUACGCCAACGUUUUGCACAACUUCCCGCACAUCCACUUCAAGCUACGAUGCCGAAAGUUCUUGGAGAUGAUGCGACGCUGCAACGAACUCUCGUCGGCGGCGUCAAAGAAGGGCAAAUCGUCCAACGGUCUGUCUGAUGGCAGCGCGGUGUUUGAUCAGGAGAUGGAGCUGGAUGAGCAACUCCACAAUGGAGAGAACUGGGGCACCGAGGCCGACGGCAUGGAUAUGGAAGAGCCAGAGACCUCCACCAAGUUUCACGAGCUUCUGACGGAAGCCGUUCAGUAUGGACAGCAGCUCCGAUUAGACUAUCCGACCGAUGAGCGGGGUGGGGACCGACAGAUGUUGGAGGAUAUCUUCUCGCUGGUGGCGUAUCCUGACGCAAAACGGUCGGUCAAUGGGCAUUAUCUGGACCCGGCGGGACGCAUCGCCGUGGCCGAGGAGUUGAACUCAGCUAUUCUAGUGUCACUGGGUAAAUCAUCUUCGGCUGCACUGGAGCGGCUAUACCAACAGACGGAAGUGUUGGUCAACGAGAUUAGUGAAGAAGGCGGCGCUGGGGCGUUUAUUAAUGUGCGCAAUGACUUUCUCCUCUGA